UUUUUUUUUUUUUUGCCGAGACCGUAAAGUCAAAGAAGCUGAGAGACUGGCUGAGACCGAGGGAGAGAGAGCCAUGGAGGCGGGACUAGAGCGACCGGCGGAGGAGGAAGGGACGACGGCGAUGUGGCUGAGGAAGCACCGCCUGAUGUACACGGCGGCCACCAGGCACCCUUUCAUCCUCAGCAUCCGAGACGGGUCCGUCGACCUCAACUCCUUCAAACGAUGGCUGGGACAGGAUUACUUGUUUGUUAGAGCUUUUGUUCCUUUUGUAUCAAGCGUGUUACUGAAGGCUUGCUGGGAGUCCGAUGAUAACUCCGACAUGGAAGUCUUACUGAGCAGCUUGGCUGCUCUAAACGACGAGAUCGCAUGGUUCAAGAAAGAAGCCUCCAAGUGGGGCGUUGUCCUAGCUUCCAUUGCCCCUCAAAGGGUGAACAAAGACUACUGCCGGUUUUUGAAGAGUUCGAUGGAACCGGGCAUCGAGUACACGGUGGCGAUCGCUGCGCUUUGGGCUAUUGAGCUCGUCUACCAACAGAGCUUCGCCUACUGCCUCGAAGAGGGCUCUAGGACUCCGCCGGAACUCGCCGAGACAUGCCAAAGAUGGGGGAACGAAGGUUUCGGCCAGUACUGCCAGUCACUCCAGAAAAUCGCGGACCGCCAGCUGCCAAGGGCGACCAACGAGGAACGCAAGAAAGCCGAAGCCGUGCUGCUCCGCGUGCUCGAACACGAAGUGGAGUUUUGGAACAUGAGCCACGGAUGAACUAACCAGAGCUUUCAGAGGGCAUGGCCAUGGGGCGGAUGGCACGGCAACGUUUGAUCGAUCUUGGACAUGUUUUGUGGGACUGUGCGGUCAACGGUCAGUGUCGUGAAGUUUUGUCUUGGUGUCUUGCGCGUUCAGUGUAUUUUCUUACACUCUUUUCUUCUGUCUACAAAGCUUGAAGCUCCAAGCAGUUCCCCAGCCUUGCUUA